AUGGCUAAUUUUAAAGAAACCUAAGAAACUUCUGGAAUUGCAAUACAAAAAGCUGAAGCAGCCAAAUCAUAUAUAGAAAAAAAAUAUUCAAAAAUAAAGAUUCUUGAAAAAGAAAGAAAAGAUAAUUGGGAAGCAAUUAAAACCAAAAUUUCAGAAUUAAAUUUAUCUUCAUAAUAAUCUCAAUAAAUAAUAAACAAAAUCAAGCAAUAAGAGGCCUAAAAUAUGAGAUUAAUGCGUAAAAAAAUAACAGCUAAUGAUUUUGAACCUUUAUCAAUAAUAGGAAAAGGAGCCUUUGGUGAAGUAAGAAUAUGUAAAUGUAAACACACAUAAGAAAUAGUAGCUAUAAAAAAGAUGAAAAAAAGUGAAAUGAUAUAUAAAAAUUAAGUAAGUCAUGUAAUAGCAGAAAGGGAUGUAUUAGCAUUAGCAAAUAAUAUAUCUUGGAUAGUUGAAUUAAAAAAUAGUUUUUAAGAUUAAAAAUAUUUGUAUUUAGUAAUGGAAUUUUUAUAAGGAGGUGAUUUAAUGACACUUUUAAUUGAAAGAAGUAUUCUUUCUGAAAUAGAAGUGAGAUUUUAUGCUGCAGAAAUAGUUUUAGCUAUAGAAUCAGUACAUAAAAUGAAUUAUAUACAUAGAGAUAUAAAACCGGAUAACAUUUUAUUAACAAAAAAUGGUCAUAUUAAAUUGAGUGAUUUUGGAUUAUGUAAAUAAACGAAUCGAAAAAGACUAUUUUCAACAGUAGGAACUCCUGAUUAUAUAGCACCAGAAGUUUUUGGAUAGGAAGGAUAUACAGAAAGUGUAGAUUGGUGGUCUGUAGGAAUUAUUAUAUAUGAAAUGUUAAUAGGUUAUCCCCCAUUUAAUUCAGAAAAUCCAAAUAGUACUUGUAAGAAAAUAGUUUAAUGGCGAAAGUAUUUUUAGUUUCCAAAUGAACCUCAAAUAUCAACAGUUGCAAAAGAUUUAAUUAAAAAACUAAUUAUAGAAAAUGAAAAAAGAAUAGGCGUAAAUGAAAUAAAAAACAUCCUUUUUUUGAUGGAAUAAAUUGGGAGAAUAUUCAAUUUUAAAAUGCUCCUUUUAUUCCAAAAAUAAAAAGUGAAACAGAUGAUAGUAGAUUUGAAAAAUAUGAAGAAGAAGAACCUUGGGAUUAUGAAUAUUAAAAUAAUUAAUAGUGUUUUAAAAACAGAGAUUUAGAUUAAAAUUUUAUUGGCUAUACUUAUAAAAGGGAAGAAAGAAAACUUCUGGUUUAAGCCUUAUAAAAACUUGACAAUGUAUAAGUACAAAUGA